AUGGGACCCUUCACGUGGACCAGAUACAUCAAGAAACUUUGCAAGAUACCAGACAUGCAGCACUUGUUUCCUGAUAACAGUUCGGAGCCCAUCAAGUGUGGCAACAUUUCCAUUCUCCCCGAAGAGUACCUACUGCCGUACCCAUGGUCUGGUUCCAAAGUUCCCCUGAUAACACACCCGCGCCUGGCCAAAGGCAUGAUAAUCCCUGACUUGAGUCUGGUCCCAGAGUCAAAUAUGGCUAGCACAUUUAAGAACAAGUCGUACUCAAUACACUUGUAUGAAAACAAAAGCAAAGGUCUGAAGAUUAUUCAAGGGUCAGACAGUAUCUACGAAGGAGCAGCCAGGAAUUUCUGCCCUGUUACACAUCCUCUUCUCACAUAA